CGCCACACAAAAAGCAACAACAACAAGUAGAAGAAGAAGAAGUCAACAACAAGCUGCGACGCUGCAGGACGCGAAAGAAAGGAAGCAGCGCAAAGAGAGAGAGAGAGAGAGAAAGAUCACGCCGUCUUUUGUGUGUGCGAGAGCAAAAGAGAGAGAGAGAGAGAGAGAGAGUGGACGCUUAAGAGAGCGAGCGGAAGCCGUAAACAAAACAAAAAGCAAAGCAACAUAUUUUGUAUACAGGAUAUUAACAUAAAUCAUUCACGCUGGAUUUAGGAUACUACGAGGCUGUUAAAGCAUCACAAUAUGAGCCCGGUGGCUACGGAACGCAGCAGGCGUCGUCAUCCACCCGGGGCUCCACGGUCAACAUGACGCAGCGCGAUGGCAUUAUCAAGUUCGAGAACGAGCGCAUCAAGACGCUGCAGGAGGAGCGUCUGCACAUCCAAAAGAAGACCUUCACAAAAUGGAUGAAUUCGUUUCUGAUCAAGGCCAAAAUGGAGGUCGAAGACCUAUUCACAGAUCUAGCCGAUGGCAUCAAGCUGCUCAAGCUGCUCGAGAUAAUAUCGUCGGAGAAACUGGGCAAGCCGAACAGCGGACGGAUGCGUGUACAUAAAAUCGAAAAUGUCAACAAGAGUCUGGCAUUCUUGCACACCAAGGUACGCUUGGAGUCCAUUGGUGCUGAGGACAUUGUCGAUGGCAAUCCCAGAUUGAUCUUGGGUCUCAUUUGGACCAUCAUUUUGCGUUUCCAAAUUCAGGAAAUCGUCAUCGAUGUUGAUGAGGAAAACGAAUCCAGUGAGAAACGUUCAGCCAAAGAUGCGCUUUUAUUGUGGUGUCAGCGUAAGACACAUGGUUAUCCGGGCGUCAAUAUACAGGACUUUACAUCAUCGUGGCGUUCUGGUUUGGGUUUCAAUGCGCUCAUCCAUUCGCAUCGGCCCGAUCUGUUCGAAUAUAGCACGAUUGUCAAUUCAAAGAAUUCCAAUUUGGAUAAUUUGAAUCAUGCAUUCGACACGGCCGCCAACGAAUUGGGCAUACCAAGUCUGCUCGAUGCGGAGGAUAUUGACUCGGCGCGACCAGACGAGAAAUCGAUCUUGACCUAUGUGGCCUCCUACUAUCACACGUUUGCGCGCAUGAAGAACGAACAGAAGAGCGGCAAGCGCAUUGCCAAUAUUGUGGGCCAGCUAAUGGAUGCCGAUCGCAAGAAGAUGCACUAUGAACGCCUAACCACAAAUCUGCUUAGCUGGAUAAGACAAAAAACCAUCGAGCUGGAGCAGCGGAAUUUGCCCAACUCGCUGGAGGGCAUACAGCGUGAAUUGUUGGCCUUCAAGGAAUACCGUACCAUUGAAAAACCACCCAAAUACAAGGAGCGCAGCGAAAUUGAGGCUUUGUUCUUCACCAUAAACACGCUGCUGAAGGCGUUGAAUCAGCCGGCCUAUAAUCCUCAGGAGGGCCAACUGGUCAAUGACAUCGAGAAGGCCUGGCAGAUACUGGAGUAUGCCGAGCACAAUCGCGAGGUAGCCCUGCGUGAGGAGCUGCUGCGCCAGGAGAAGCUGGAGCAGCUCAAUUAUAAGUUCGAAAAGAAAUCUGUGCUGCGUGAGGGUUACCUCAAGGAAAUGAUUCAAGUAUUGUCCGAUCCGCGCUAUUUGCGUCAAGUGGAUGCCACGCUGAAGAAACAUGAGGCCAUCUCUGCUGAUAUUUUGGCGCGCGUGGAACGCUUCAACGAUCUGACGGCCAUGGCCAAUGAGCUGGAGAAGGAGAACUAUCAUGGCAAGGAGCGUGUGAAGCGCCGCGAACAGGAGGUCAUGGACAAGUGGCGCAAGCUGUUGGAGCUGCUGGAGAAUCAACGUCUGAACCUCUCACAGAUGAGCAAUCUAAUGAAUCUGCUGCGUGAGAUCGCCGGCACGACGGAAUCGGUGCGUGAGCUGCAGCAGCAGUUCGCCUCCGAGGAUGUGGGUCCGCAUUUACUGGGCGUCGAGGAGCUGCUGCAGGCCCAUUCGCUGCAAGAGCUGCAGGUAAACACAUACGGCGAGACGCUCAAGCGCUUCAAUCGCCAGGCCCUGCCCUACAAGAGCUCCGAGCACAAGGAUGCCGCCCUGCUCGCCCAGCGCCUGGCACAGCUGGAGGACGCCUAUACAGAGCUGUUGAAACUGUCCGCGCAGCGUCGCGCACGCCUCGAGGAGGCGCGCAAUUUCCAUCACUUCAUGGAGGACUACGACAACGAGGAGAGCUGGCUGGUGGACAAGCAGCGCAUCUGCAAGACGGGCAUUACGGCCAAGGAUCUGCGUGCGGUGCUCUCGCUGCAGCAGAAACACAAAGCGCUGGAGGAUGAAAUCAAGUCGCGCAAGCCCAAAUCCUCUCAAAUGUCGGAGGCGGGCAAGCGUCUCAUUGGCGAGCAGCAUCCGCGCGCCAGCGAGAUCAAGAGUCGCAUCGAUUCCCUGGCGGAGCAUUGGCAGGCGUUGGAAUCGCUUGUGGAGCUGCGCCGCCGUCAGCUGGAGGAUGCCGCCGAGGCCUAUCAAUUCUACACGGACGCCAACGAGGCCGAGUCCUGGCUGAACGAGAAAAUGGCUCUGGUCAAUUCCAGAGACUACGGCAACGACGAGCCCUCGGCGCAGGCGCUGCUGCAGCGUCAUCGCGAUCUGCAGGGAGAGCUGAAUGCCUAUUCGGGCGAUAUACUUAAUCUGAAUCAGCAGGCGGAUAAGCUGAUCAAGGCGGGCAUUUGCACCCUGGAGCUGACAGCCUCUGAGCCGGAACUGCCCGAGCUCGAGCAGGAGGAGUGGGUGAAUGAGACGCGCCUGGUGCCCAAGGAGGUGUGGGAGGAUGAGUGGGUGGAGAAGCUGGAGCAUAAGAAGGUAACCGAAACCAAAAUGCUGCCACAUGUGCGCUCCCUCUUCCCCUUCGAGGGUCAGGGCAUGAAAAUGGACAAAGGCGAGGUCAUGCUCCUCAAGUCCAAGACUAACGACGACUGGUGGUGUGUGCGCAAGGACAACGGCCACGAGGGCUUUGUGCCCGCUAACUAUGUGCGUGAAAUUGAGGCGCGUCCCGUUGCCUGCAUUGUGCCCAAGGCGGAGAAGGUCAAGAGCCUGCAGAAGGUUAAGAAGACCAUACUGGUGCGCCAGGUGGUCCCAGUGAAGCGCAUACGUCCAGUUAGUGUGGCGCCCAAGCCUCUGGUGCAGCGUCGCACCUCCAAUCAGAGCAUCAACGAGAAUGCGGACAGCGUCGAGAAGCGACAGCAGCGCGUCAAUGCCACGUACGAUGAGCUGCAGGAGAUGGCACAGAAGCGGCAUGCACUGCUCGAGGAUUCGAUACAUCUGUUUGGCUUCUAUCGCGAAUGCGAUGACUUUGAGAAGUGGAUGAAGGAGAAGGAGCGCAUGAUCAAGACGGACGAUGGCGAUGGCGUGGACAAUGCCAAGCGCAAGUUUGAGAAGUUCAUCACCGAUCUGUCGGCCGCAUCGAAACGUGUCGAGGAGAUCGACGGCGCCGUCGACACCUUCCGUCGUCAGGGUCAUUCGCAGCUGGACAAGAUUAUAGCACGUCAGCGCCAGAUUCAUCAAAUCUGGCAGCGCCUCAACAAUGCAAAGGCGCAGCGCGAGAAGAGCCUGGAGGGCGCCUCCAGUGUGGAGCUAUUCAAUCGCACCUGCGACGAGGCCAAGGUCUGGAUGAGCGAGAAAAUGCUGCAGCUGGACACGGCUGUCAUCACGCCCGACCUCAAAACCGUGCAGGCACUCCAGCGUCGUCAUCAGAAUCUGGAGCGCGAACUGGCGCCCGUCGAGGAGAAGGUCAACCGUGUCACCUAUCUCGGUAAUUCGGUAAAGAACGCCUAUCCCGCCGAGCGUGACAAUGUGAAUGCCCGCCAGCAGGAGGUGCAGGACAUGUGGCAACAGGUGCAGCAGCGUGGCAGCGAGUUGCGUGCCCGCAUCGAGAGCGAGGUGGGCCAGCAGAUCUUCAACAACAGCGCCAAGACGCUGCUCGCCUGGAUCGACUCUGUCAAGGAUCAGCUGAACGCCGACGAAUCUGCACGCGAUGUGGAGACAGCCAACAAUCUGCUGAAGAAGCACAACGAUCUUGGCGAUGACAUCAAGGCGCACGACAACGAGUUCGUCGAGGUCAUCCAACUGGGCAAACAGCUGUCCGACGGCAAGCCCAACAUGGCGGAGACCGUGCAGCUAAUAGAACGCCUGAAGGCCGAGCAGGAUGCCAUACAUCGCGGCUGGAGUGAGAAGCAAAAGUGGCUGCUGCAGUGUGUCGAACUGCAAAUGUUCAAUCGCGAGGCAGACAAAAUCGAUGCCACCACCAAGAGCCACGAGGCGUUCCUCGAGUACAACAAUCUGGGCUCCUCGCUGGAUGAGGUUGAGGCCAUACUGAAGCGUCAUCUGGACUUUGAGAAGAGCCUAAUGGCACAGGACAAGAUACUGAAGGGCUUCUCGGACAAUGCGGACAAGCUAAUUGCCAACGAUCACUACGAUGCCAAGUACAUUUCCGAACGUCGCAAUCAGGUGCUGGGCAAGCGCAAGGCUGUUAAGGAUCGCGCCUUUGAGCGCAAGCGCCUGCUGCAGGCCUCAAAGGACUAUCACAAGUUUGCCGCCGAGGCGGAUGACCUGAAGGCCUGGCUGCAGGACAAGACCAAAAUCGCCGGCGACGAGAGCUAUCGCGAUCUAACCAAUCUGCCACGCAAGCUCCAAAAGCACAAGGCUUUCGAGCGCGAGUUGCGCGCCAACGAGGGUCAGCUGCGCAAUGUGAACAAGGAUGGACAGGCCCUCAUUCAGGCCGAGAAUCGUGUGCCCGAGGUGGAGCAUCGUGUGGCCGAUUUGAGCAAGAAGUGGAAGGAUCUUUUAACGCUGUCCGAGGACAAGGGCCGCAAACUGGAGCAGGCUGCCUCGCAGCGUGAGCACAAUCGUGCCAUCGAGGAUGCCAAGAAGAAGGUCGACGAGCUGGAUGCGGCGCUUAAGAGCAAGGAUGUCGGCAACGAUUUGCGCAGCUGCAAGGAUCUGAUCAAUAAGCAGCAAAUGCUCGAAUCGGAGAUCACCAUUUGGGAUCAGAAGGUGGCCGAGCUGGUUUCCACCGGCGAUGACAUGGCCCACGAGGGUCACUUCAAUGCCAAGAACAUCGAGGACGAGACCAAGGAGCUGCAGCAGCGCUUCAAGGAUCUGCGUGAUCCCACACAGGCGCGUCGCGACAAGCUAGAGGAGAGUCUCAAUUUCCAUAAGUUUGUUUUCGAACUCGAUGCCGAAUUCCAAUGGAUCAACGAUCAUCUGCCCGCGGCCAAGUCCAAUGAGCUGGGCCAGAAUCUGCACCAGGCCCAGUCGCUGUACAAGAAGCACAAGAAAUUGGAGGCCGAGAUCAAGGGUCAUCAGCCCAUGAUCAGCAAGGCGCUGCAGGCGGGACAGGCGCUCGUCGCGCAACAGCAUCCCGAGCGCCAGAAUGUGGAGGCUCUGUGCGGGCAGCUGGAACAGGCCUGGCAGGAUCUGGAACUGCACUGCGGCGAACGGGCACGCAAACUGGAAAUGUCACUGAAGGCACAGCAAUAUCUGUUCGACGCCGGCGAGAUUGAGUCCUGGUUGGGUGAACGCAACAAUGUCCUGCGCUCCACCGAAUACGGUAGAGAUCGCGACUCUGCGGCCAAGUUGCUGACCAAACACAAGACCAUCGAGCUGGAGUUGGACACAUAUUCGAGCAUUGUCACUGAAAUGGGACAUACCUGCGCCGCCAUGGUGGCCGCCCAGCAUCCCGAUAGCAAGGUGCUCGCCGCCAAGCAGCAGCUCAUCGAAAAGAUGUUGAAGUCGCUGCACAAGCUGGCCUCACAGCGACAGAUGCGCCUCAUGGAGAGCCUGUCGAAGCACGAAUAUUUCCUGGAAUCGGACGAGGUGGAGCAAUGGAUCCGGGAGCAAGAGCAAACAGCUUCGUCGGAGGAUUACGGUCAGGACUUUGAGCAUUUGCAGCUGCUGCAGAAUAAAUUCGAUGAUGUCAAGCAUCGCGUUGAGGUGGGCGCUGAUCGUGUGGAUCAGUGCGAGCUCCUGGCCAAGAAGCUCAUCGACUCGGAGAGCUCCUACGCCAACGAGGUGGAGAAGAGACAGGAACAACUAAGAACGUCUUGGGAGAACCUCUUGAAGCUGCUCAAGCAACGCGAACAGAAGCUGCAUGCCGCUGGCGAAAUCCAUCGUUUCCAUCGCGAUGUGGCCGAAGCGCUGUUCCGCAUCCAGGACAAGAAUGCCGCACUCUCCUCGGAGCUGGGCAAGGAUUUGAACUCGGCGUUGGCUUUGCUGCGCAAACACGAGGGCUUCGAGAACGAUCUAGUGGCGCUGGAGGCGCAACUGCAAAUGCUCGUUGAGGAUUCAGUGCGUCUGCAGGCCAAAUAUCCAUCGAAUGCCGCGGCAAUUGCGCAGCAGCAGGACAAGGUGGUUGCCGCCUGGAAUGAUCUGAAGGAACGCUCAACGGCACGUGGUGAUCGCUUGGCCGCCAGCUCCGAUUUGCAAACGUUCCUCACGGAUGUGCGUGACAUUGUCUCGUGGUCGUCAAAUCUGCGCGCCGCUCUCCAAGCCGAGGAGCAUGUCAGUGAUGCAGCAGGCGCCACAGCCCUGAAGAUCCAGCACGAUGCCAUCUAUGGCGAGAUUGAGGCACGUGAGGACAAGUUCCGUUAUCUGAACGAGCUGAGCGAUUCGAUGGUGCAGACGGGACACUAUGCGGCCGCUGAUGUGGAAGAGAAGUGUGCGGCGAUGUUGGACGAGCGCCAAAAGCUGCACGCUGCCUGGAACAAGAAGAAGAUCAUGCUGGAGCAGAAAAUCGAUUUGUUCUGCUUCCUGCGCGAUGCCAAGCAAAUCGAUAAUCUGUCCAGCACACAGCAGGCGGCGCUCAGUAGCUCCGAUUUCGGCCAGACGGUGGAGGAUGUCCAGAACCAGAUCAAGAAGCACGACGAAUUCGAGCGCGUCAUCCAGACGCAAGAGGAGAAGGUAGCACUGCUGCAGGAGCACGGCCGCAAGCUGAUCGAGCAGCGGCAUUACGAUAGCGCCAAUAUACAGACGAUACUGCAGGGUGUCCUGGCGCGUCGUCAGAAAGUCAAGGACCUGUGUGCGGUUCGCCGUUACAAGCUGGAGGAUGCCCUCCUCUAUGCCAAGUUUGUGCGCGACUGCGCCGAGGCCGAGUCCUGGAUCAGUGAGAAGCAAAAGAAACUGGAAGCGGAUGCGGCCAGCUAUGCGGAGGUCACCAAUCUCGAUGAGAAGAUCAAGAAAUUGCAAAAGCAUCAGGCCUUCCAGGCCGAGGUGAGCGCCAAUCAGGGUCGCAUCAAGGAGAUUCAGGACACGGGCGUUAUACUGCUCAGUAAGCAGCACGAAUCCUCGCCAGAAAUCAAGCAGGCCAUUGAGCGAGUGCUGGCCGCCUGGCAGGGUCUGCUCGCCGAGCUGGAUCAGCGCGGACGCGGCCUUGAGGAGGCCCAGGACAUCCUGGAGUUCAAUAAUCAGCUGGACAAGAUCGAGGCCUGGAUACGCGACAAGGAAAUGAUGGUCCAAGCCAGCGACACCGGACGCGAUCUGGAGCACUGCAGCGCCCUCAUGCGCAAGCUGGACGACGUCGACUCGGACAUGCGUGUGGACGAUCAGCGGGUCAAGCACAUUAACCAGCUGGCCGACAAGCUGAUCAACCAGGCGCAGCUGCCAGAGGAUACGCAGAGCGUGGACAAGCGCAGACGCGACUUCAAUCACAACUGGCGCCAGCUCCAGGGUGCACUGAAUGCCUAUCGUGCACUCCUCGGUGGCGCCCACGAGAUACAUGUCUUCAAUCGCGACGUGGACGACACAGCCGAGCGCAUUGCCGAAAAGGCGCUGGCCAUGAGCUCGGCAGACACGGGCCGGGAUCUGGCCGCUGUCGAAGCGCUGAUCCGUCGGGAAGAGGCGCUUGAGCGCGACAUGUCCGCUGUGAAGCAAAAGAUCGACGAGCAUGAGACCGCCGCUGAAUUCCUGAUACGCAAAUAUCCGGAGCGUGGCGCUCAGGUGAUCGAGCGCAAGCUCCAGGAACUGCACAAGUCCUGGGGCAAUCUGCAGAGUCUGUCCGUGAAGCGGCAUACCGUUCUGAACGAGGCGUAUCUGGUGCACAAGUUCGUCUCGGAUGUCAGGGAGCUGGAGUUGUGGGUCAACGACAUGGUCAAGAAAAUGAACGCCACCCAGUCGCCGUCCACCAUUAACGAUUGCGAGACACAGCUGGAGCUGCAUCAGGAACGUAAGGUGGAAAUCGAGGGACGGGAUCAGGCGUUUGUCGCGCUGAAACAGCACGGCGAACAGCUGAGCGGCCAGGCCAAGCAGCCGGAGAGCGUCAAGAAGUAUCUGCACGCCCUGGAGGAGCUGCAUCAGACACUGCAUGAGGCGUGGAGCGAGCGUGCACGCGACCUCACCGAGGCGCAUCAGCUGCAGCUGUUCAAGGCACAGGUCGAACAGGUCGAAAUCUGGCUGGCCAACAAGGAGGCGUUCCUCAACAACGAUGACCUGGGCGAUUCGUACACGGCCGUAGAACGGCUGCUCAAGAAGCACGACGCCUUCGAGAAGCUGCUCGACGCCGAUCAUGUGGAUGCGCUGCAAAAGUUCGCCAACAGCAUACUGGAGGGUGAUCCCAAGGAUGCGGAUUUGAUCGCCGAAAAACUGGCUUAUGUGCUGCGCCGUAAGCAGAAGCUGCUGGAGCUGACCGCCGAGCGCAAGCAGCGUCUGCUGCAAUCCCUGCAGCUGCAGGAAUUCCUGCGCAGCCUCUACGAGAUCGAUCGCUGGCUGGUGCAGAAGCUCCAAGUCGCUCUGGACGAGAACUAUCGCGAGCCAAGCAAUUUGCAGAGCAAAAUUCAGAAGCAUACGGCCUUUGAUGCCGAGCUCUUGAGCAAUUCGCCGCGCGUCCAAGCCGUCAUCAGCGAGGGUGAGCGUCUCAUCAGGGGCGAGCACUUUGCCAAGGACGAGAUUGCGCAACAGGUGCAGCUGCUCGAGGGCGACUGGGCCAAGCUGAAGGCGGCCUCCAAUGCUAAGAAGGAGAAGCUGCAGCAGGCGCACGAGGCGCUGGCCUUCAAUCGCAGCGUCGACGAGUUCAACAACUGGAUGGACGACGUGGAGAUGCAGCUCUCCAGCGAGGACUAUGGCAAGGAUUUGGCCACUGUUAGCAAUCUGCUGAAGAAGCACGAACGUCUCGAGGCGGAUGUGGCGCAUCACAAUGAACUGGCCGAUCUGCUCAAGCAAAAGGACGAGCACUUUUUCCAGGUGGAUCACUUCCUGAAACACGACAUACACGAACGCGCCAUGGCCACCAUCAAGCGUUACAAUACGCUGCACGAGCCGAUUGCCAUACGACGCGAGAACCUUGAGGAUUCGCUCAGCCUGCAGCAGUUCCUACGCGACGCCGAGGACGAGCUGCAGUGGCUGGCCGAGAAACAGCUUAUCGCCGGCUCCCAGGAUCUGGGCAGCAGUCUGCUGGCGGUGCAGGGUCUGCAGAAGAAACACAACGCCCUAGAGGCGGAGCUGACUUCGCAGGAGCCGCUAAUCCAGGCGCUGCUGCAGCGUGGCCAGCAAAUGAUACGCGACAAUCACUUUGCCAGCGAACAGCUGCAAUACAAAUCGGAGUUGCUCCAGAAGCAGCUCGUCCAGCUGCGUGACCUGGCGGCCAUUCGGCGACUGCGUCUGCUGGACGCCGUCGAGAGUCAACUGUUCUAUGUGGAGGCCAAUGAGGCGGAUGCCUGGAUGCGCGAGAAGCGACCCAUUUUGGCCAGCAGCGAUUAUGGACGCGACGAAAUCUCCGUGCAGACGCAUCAGAAGAAGCUAGAGGUGCUGCAGCGCGAGCUGGUCUCCUUCAAGCCUUCCAUUGACAAGGUCAACAAGCUGGCCACGGGCCUCAUCGAACGCAAUCACUUUGAUAGCGCCAACAUUCAGGAGAAGAACGGUGCCGUCUCGCAGCAAUAUGCGGAGCUGCUGCGUUUGGCCAAGGAUCGGGAGCUGCGUCUCUCGGAGUGCAAGAAGCUCUUCGAGUAUCUGCGCGAAACGGAGGAGCUGCACGAAUGGGUAGGCGAUCAAAUGACUGUCACCGCCAGCGAGGAUUACGGCGAGGAUGUCGAGCAUGUGGAGCAAUUGAUGCUGGCCUUCGAGUCCUUUGUGUCCAAUCUAAACGCCAAUGAAGCGCGUGUCGAGGCUUGUCUGGAGCGCGGCGAUCGCUUGAUACAGGAGAACAAUCCCUAUCGCAAUUCCAUCAAGGCCAAGCGUGACGAGACCAAACAGUUGUGGGACGAGCUCAAGGAUUUGGUGAAUGCUCGGCAGGAUGCGCUCGCCGGCGCCAAGCAGGUGCAUGUCUACGAUCGCGUUGCCGACGAGACCAUCUCGCUGAUCAACGAAAAGGAUGCCUCGCUCAUCUCGGAGGAUUAUGGCCAGGAUUUGGAGAGCAUACAGGCGCUGGGACGCAAGCAUCAAGUGUUCGAGGGCGAGCUGGUGGCCAUCAAGGAGCAGGUUGAUUCGGUUCUGGCCGAAGCCGUCAAACUGGGCGAAAUCUAUCCCGAUGCCCGGGAACACAUCGAGGUGAAGCGCGACGAGACCGUCGAAGCCUGGACGGAUCUCAAGGAGAAGACAAAUGCGCGCAAGGGCAAGCUGAACCAGGCGGAACAGCUGCAAUCCUACUUCGAUGAAUACCGCGAUCUGGUCGCCUGGAUCAACGAGAUGCUGGCCAAGAUUACGGCGCCCGAGCUGGCCAACAGUGUGGCCGGCGCGGAGCUGUUGCUCGCCAGCAUCAAGGAUCAUCAUGCCGAGAUACGCGCCCGCGACGAAACCUUUGCCAACUUCACAGCCAACGGCCAGAAGCUGAUCAAGGAGAAGCACUUCCUGGCACACGAAGUGGAGGAUAAGAUCAAGGUGCUGCAAUCCCGUCACGAGCUGCUCGAGCAUACGCUGCAGCAGCGCAAGGAAAUCUAUGAGCUGAAUCUGGACACGCAGCUGUUCCUCAAGGACGCCGAAAUACUGGAGCAAUGGAUCAGCAGUCGCGAGCCGCAGCUGAAGGACACCAAGCUGGGUGACUCCAUACCCCAGGUGGAGGAUCUGCUGCGCCGGCACGAGGACUUCGAGAAGACAGUGGCCGCCCAGGAGGAGAAAUUCCAGGCCAUCAAGCGCAUUACGCUGCUCGAGCAGCGUUUCCGCAAGCAGCUGGAGCACGAGAAGCUGGCCAAGCUGAAGGAGAAGGAGCGCCUCGAGAAGGAACGCCUCGAACAGCUCAAGCAAAAGGAGCUGCAGCGCCUCAACGACGAGCGCCGUCGCGCCGAGAAACAGCAGGAACAUCGUAAUAACGCCGCCGCCCAGGAGAAGACGCCCAUCUUCUCCGCGCCCAUGGUGACCAUUAGUGGCAGCAACACCGGCGGCAGCAGUGCACCUGGCAGCGCCGCCCAAUCGCCGGCCAUUUCACAGGUACAGCUGCGUCCACCCUUCCAGGAUCAGCUGCAGGACGAGCAGCUCAGCCUGCAGAAGAGCAGCUCGAGCGGCAUGUUCGGCGAUCGGCUGCGUCGCGGCUCCGCUGAUGCCAAUGUGAAGCGCGCCGAGAGCAUGAAGGUGCAGCCAAAGCAACCGAAACGGACGCCAUCCUUCACGACGCGCCGUCGUGCUCAGUCCUUCCGCAAGAACCAGAAGGGCGAGGGCUUCGAUUUGCCGCCCGUGGAGAUUCAGGGCAUGCUGGAACGCAAGCACGGCCUGCAGUCGGGCGGCAAAAAGGCGCCCGUGCGCUCCUGGAAGCAAUUCCACACCGUGCUCUGCGGCCAAUUGGUUUGUUUCUUCAAGGACGAAAACGAUUUCCUGCAACAGAAGACGGCAACAGCGCCCGUCAAUAUUCUCGGAGCCAAGUGCGAACGCGCCGACGACUACACGAAAAAGAAAUAUGUCUUCCGGCUAAAAUUGCCCGACGGCUCUGAGUUCCUCUUCGAGGCACCAUCGCUGGAUAUCAUGAACGAUUGGGUACGCAAGAUAUCCUUCCACGCUAGUCUGCCGCCAAAUCUACAGCUGCUGAGCUACGACGAGUCCAUGAAGCAACAAUCGAGCAGCUCGCCGGACAUUAAGGUUACCAGCAACGUGGAAUCGCCCGUCAGUUCACGCAAUUCCUCGCCAGACUCGCAGCGACGCACCAGCAGUGGGCAUACCUUGGACACGGCCACGCCCCAAAUGGCCUUCCUGCAGCGACAAAUGCAACAGCAGCAACUGCAACAACAACAGCAGCAGCAACAACAAUCCCAGCCCAGUUCACCCACAGCCGGAUUCGAUCAGAAGCCGCCGAUACCACCACGUGGAGCGCCGCCCGUGGCCAGCAGCCGCCAGAGCCAGGAGAAUCUGGUGAUGCGCAAUCGCCAAAGUUCCAGCAAUGAUCUGACCGAUGGCCGCCUGCAACAAUCCGCCACGCUUCCCGCCCAGAAUGGAAAUAGCAAAGAUGACAGUGCCGUGAUGAUGCGCAACAGCGAGUCCAGACAGUCGGAUAAUCCGCCGCCAUUGCCCACAACAAUGCCGCCUCUGGGCAGCAGCGCCCAUCAGCAUCAGCAUCAGCAUCAGCAUAGCCAUCAGAUGCCGCAUGCGGCGCAGGUGCAACAGCGCAUAAAUGCAUUCAAUGCAGCAGCCAAUCAACAGCAGCAGCAGCCCGACUACUACAACAACAACAUUGUGCGGCAGCAGCAACAGCAUCUGGCAACGCCGCAGAGAGUGCCCUCGCUGGGCAGCGGACGCAUCGACUCGACGCGCAAGUUCAUUGAGAUGGAGGCGCAUGCGCCGGGCAACAGCUACAGCAACAACAGCAACAAUAACGGGCACAGCUCCGGCAGCAGCAGCAGCAGCACAACGAAGCGCACCGUUAGCUACUCGAGCAGCGGUGCGAGCAGCAAUGGCAACGGUUGGGGCAACACUCGCUUUGAGAGCAAUCGACCCGUCUCGCUGCAGCCCGACUCGAUCAGCUUUACGCGUGCAUCGGCCGAAAGCUCCAGCGAGAGCGAAGCUCAGUCCAUUUCCUCCGUUUCGGGUGUGAAGGGCAGCAAGAGCAAAGAGGAGCGUCGCAGCGGCAUGUUCCGCAUCUUUGGCCGGAAGGGCGGUGACAAGGAAAAGGAGAAGGAGAAGGAAAAGGACAAACGCCGAUCGAGUCAAGCGCCGCCACAGUGAAGCAAAUAUAUACAAAAUUCCAGCUAAGCUUAAACAAAAUUUCUUCGGACAAUUGCAUUGGAAUAUUGACCGCGUUGGCGGUGCCAAUUGUUUUUGUAUUUUUUAUAUACAUAUAUAAAUGAUAAAUAUUUAAUUCUUAACCCACAACAUUGCCAACUGUGCAAACAAAAUUCGAAACAAAACAAAAAAAAAAAAAA